AUGCCCCUCAUUCUCGUGGACGACGUUUCUCGACUUGAACUACCACCAACGCCUGAACGCUCGCCAAUCGCUUGCCUUCUUACCCACAAUGAUCCUCCUGGGAGCCAUGAGAGAGGUAUUGCCCGCCAGGUUAUCGCAUCGUCUCUUAGCACUCUCCAGCAGGUCGAAGCCGUCAUGGUGCAAAACGUUCUCUCCAUUUCUCGCCAUCUCCCCAACGACGUACUCUCCGAGAUUUUCCUGCACAUAACUGCCAACUACAAGGAUUCGAAGACGUGGUGCGAAGAGAUAUGGGCGAUCACGCAGGUAUCGAGAAGGUGGCGCCUAGCAGCGCUCCUGAUGCCGAGGCUGUGGACUGUCUUCCCCACGUUUGACGCGGAGCUUCGCAAAGGAGGUCGAAACCUAUACCCCCUUCAUACGUCCCUCGAACGAUCAGGUUCCGUUCCCUUCAACCUCACGGUUGAGCAUUUUGACUGCAAUUUUCCUAGUGAAAAGCCAUUUCUCGAAUGCAUUCUUCCACACCUCCAUCGCGUUGAGCACCUCAAUCUCCGAGACCCUCGGUCGACAUUCGACUUGUCCAACAUCGAGAAGACAUCGACGUUGAAAUCAAUCUCCUUGACGGGCAGCUUGGACGUGUCCAAUCCAAGAAAGAGGCCUCUUGUUCAGCUUCAGGAUGCUCCACUACUGCGGGAAUUGACCAUAUUUACUAAGGGAUGCAGUGCGCAAUCGAGGAGUUUGCAGGUCAUUGCUGUUCCGUGGCCACGCUUGCGCAGGGUCUCCAUCUGCGAGCUCGAUCUGAACUGUGCCGCAUCCCUUCUUCAAUCAGCAACCAGCCUUGAGGAAUGUGUUCUAUACCCUCCAAGCUUACGCUUGUCGCCACCGCUGCCAACUCCACCCCUCUCCAGCAACUCCGUAACGAUGCUAUCUGUUGAUGCAUGCUUCAGUGGCGCCCUGGACACAUUCUUCGCUCAUGCUACUUUCCCUUCACUCAGGAAGCUAUCGACAAGUUUCGGGAGUGCGAGCAUUAAGGGAAUCACCGAAUUCAUCCUUCGCUCUUCUUACCACUUGGAGUUCUUGACACUGCCUUUUGAAGAUCACCCAGUGAGAGAAGACGUCGUACGCCUCCUGUCCCUGGUUCCUGAUGUCACCGACUUGGGCAUCAUCAAUGACUCCUUCAGAAUUGACUCCGUCCUGAACAUAGGGCCACCUCACCAACCCCUUUUACCCAAAUUGCGUCGCCUCUUCGUCUCGAUGAUGGAUCUCUCGCAUUUUAUCACUGAUGUAGACCCUGCGACGCUUCGAGGUAGAGACUCUCCUGGAGUGCAAUCAGGCACGGUUGCAGCUCUCGAGACUAUAAUACUCCAGCAAUCUACGAGACGGCAUCGACGAGAUGAACUGUUCCGCCGCCUCGAUGACAGCCCGAAGACAAGCGAUGAGGACCGUGAACGAGUGUCGAGAUGGAUUACUCAGCUGCGCCAACUAUGUCUCCCUCGAGAAGCCGUCUCCUCAAGUCUGGAAGUGAGUAGAUUUUGA